CGAAAGAACCCAGAAGCGUUUAACUGAGCAAACCUAGGCCGAAUUAGCCACCAUUACCUGAGCUCCACCCGCUACCCGUCCUCCGCCUCCGUUUCUUUUCUCUUUCUUUUUUUCCAUGAAUGGAUCCUCCACCAUCGCCACCGUCCGAACCUCCGCGAUGAGAACUCCGGCGGUCAUUAUAAAACCAGGCGAGCCCUUCCAUCUCCGCUGCUUCCUCACGAAAUCCUUCUCAUCUUUCCCUUCAUCUCUCCCCAUAGACCCAGUGCCAUCCGACCACGAUCUCCCUUUGCUCCUUCACUCGAUACUCUCCAAACCUAAUUGGCAAAAACACCCUUCCCUCCCUAAGCUAGUUCCCUCCAUAUCCUCUUCCCAUGUCCAUUCCCUUUUCUCUCUCAACCCUUUUCUUCUUCCCCAAACCGCCCUCGGUUUCUCCAAUUGGAUCUCCAAAAAACCCAAUUUCAACCACUCCGUUUAUUCCUAUUCUGCGCUUUUGAACAUCCUUGUCGCCAACAAAUUCUUCGGUCCUGCUGAUAAAAUCCGCCUUGCCAUGAUCAAAUCCCCGGCUUCGGUAGACGAAACCCGGUUUGUUUUGGAAUUGCUAAAGGAUAUGAACAAGGAUAACGAGCUUCAUUUCAGAUUUAACCUUUCGGUUAGAUCCUACAACUUUUUAUUGAUGUCAUUGUCGAAAUUCUUGAUGAUUGAUGAAAUGAAAUCUGUUUAUAGUGAAAUGUUGAACGACAGGGUUUCGCCAAAUAUUUUUACUUGGAAUACUAUGGUUAAUGGUUAUUGUAAGAUUGGGAAUGUGGUUGAGGCUCAACUCUAUGUCAGUAAGAUUGUGCAAGCCGGGUUGAGUCCGGAUACGUUUACUUAUACUUCGUUGAUAUUGGGGCAUUGCAGGAAUAAGGAUGUUGACAACGCAUUUAGGAUUUUUAGAAUGAUGCCGACUAAGGGUUGUCGAAGAAAUGAGGUUUCUUAUACGAAUCUUAUUCAUGGGCUAUGUGAGGCUGGGCGGGUUGAUGAAGCUAUUAAGUUGUUUGAGGUGAUGGCGGAUGAUUUUUGUUGUCCUACAGUUCGUACAUAUACAGUAAUUAUUUGUGGACUGUGUGAUGCGGGGAGGAAGUCCGAAGGAAUAAAAUUAUUCCAGGAAAUGUCGGAUAAAGGGUGUGAGCCAAACGCUCAUACUUAUACGGUAAUCAUUGAUACCUUAUGUAAAGAAAAUAAGGUUGAUGAAGCAAGGAAAAUGCUAGGUAGAAUGUUAGAGAAAGGGCUGGUUCCAAGUGUGGUCACCUAUAAUGCUUUGAUUGAUGGCUAUUGCAAACAUGGAUCAAUGGAGGCCGCAUUGGAAGUUUUGGGUAUGAUGAAAUCUAAUAAUUGUUGUCCAAAUGACCGAACAUAUAAUGAAUUGAUAGCCGGGUUUUGUAAGAGGAAUGUUCACAAAGCAAUGGUAUUUCUUGGUAAGAUGCUUGAAAUUAAGUUGGUACCAAGUUUGGUCACAUAUAAUUCGUUAAUUCAUGGGCAGUGUAAAAUGGGGCAGUUAGAUAAUGCCUUCAGGCUGCUUGAGAUGAUGAAGGAGAACGGUUUGGUUCCCGACCAAUGGACGUACAGUGUUCUUAUUGAUUCUCUUUGUAAAGCUGGUAGGGUAGAAGCAGCUCGUAUUCUGUUUGACUCUCUCAAGGAGAAAAGCGUGAAAGCAAAUAAAAUUAUAUAUACUGCUUUGAUUGAUGGAUACUGCAAGGUUGGGAAAAUUGAAGAUGCUAAUUGUUUGAUUGAUAGAAUGAUUGAUGAGGGCUGCUUUCCAAACUCAUGCACUUACAACGCCCUUAUAGGUGGGUUGUGCAACAUUAAAAAUGUGAGGGAGGCAUUGUUAGUGGUGGAGAAAAUGAAGGAGAUGGGUGUGAAGCCUUCAGUAGAGACAUAUACAAUUCUCAUUGAAAGGAUGCUUAAAGAAGGUGACUUCGAUCGUGCUCAUAGGACUCUUGAUCAACAAAUAUCCUUGGGAUGUCAACCCGAUGUAUUUACCUAUACUGCUUUUAUUCGUGCGUAUUGUGGUGUAGGGAGGCUAAAAGAAGCAGAGGAUAUGGUGAUUAGGAUGAACAAAGAAGGGGUUUUUCCUGAUUCUGUUACUUACACAUUACUUUUAGAUGCAUAUGGAUGUUUGGGAUUAAUGCAUUCUGCAUUUGAUGUUCUCAAGCGUAUGUUUGAUGCCGGUUGUGAGCCUUCUCAUCAUACAUACUGUUUUUUAAUAAAGUAUCUUUUGAAGGAAAGCCAUGCAUUGGAUAUGCUUUCAGAUUCCAUGCUAGUUAAUCAUGCUGAUGUCUGGAAGACAAUGGAAUUUGACACUGCCCUGGACUUAUUUGAGAAAAUGCGUCAACAUGGUUGUGUACCCAAUAUUAACACUUACAACAAGCUUAUUAUAGAACUUUGCAGAGUUGGCCGCUUUUUAGUAGCACAAAAGUUAUUUGGUCAUAUGAGAGAUGAAGGAAUAUCUCCUGGUGAGGAUGUCCACAAUUCGCUUCUGAGGUGUUUCUGUGAGUUGGGAAUGUAUGAUGAUGCUACCACAGUGGUGGAGCUAAUGAUCAAUUCUGGCCAGUUACCGCAUCUAGAUUCCUACAUGCAGCUGAUUUGCGGACGAUAUGAUCAAGGGGACAAGGAUAAGGCUGAGACAAUUUUUGGUGACUUGCUUCGUUGUGGUUAUAAUUGUGAUGAAGUAGCUUGGAAGAUUCUUAUUGAUGGCUUGCUGAUAAAGGGACUUGCUGAUAGAUGCACUGAACUCUUAAGCAUCAUGGAAAAAAUGGGCUGCCAGCUCCACCCUAAUACAUAUUCAAUAUUAAUUGAUGGAAUUGGAGGAGAAUAGAUUCUUUGUAUUUUGUCUGAUAUUCUUGCAUUUUUGUUACCGAAGAGGAGGCCAUUGCAUUGCUCUUCCUUCUGGAUGGGCACUGGUAUUGCAAACAUUGCAGACUGCAUUCCUUUUGGCAUGCCGGCUCAAUACAUAAAACCAGGGUACUUGCUUCAAUUGAAGCAUUUCUGCUAGACUGGCAUCAAGGGUGCAGUUUUUCAGUGAGAAUCACACGCAUUUUCAUAUUCCUGGUCAUGUAGAGGCCCCUAAUCAAGUGAACCACUCCAGCUGACAAAGAAGAGUCAAUAAUCUAUCCGGGGAUAUGAAAGAAGCAAACAUUUACUCAGAACAACAACAGUAAGCCUUUAUUCUGCUACCCUACACGAGCAGGAUCACUAAACAGACAUCGUGCCCAAUAGAAAGCCAUGGCUGCCUACAAAGAGUCUACUGCAAUCAUAUCUGUUGGAACUUAACCUAGCUGGCACCGUUGCUAUUCACUGAUAAAACCUUGAUUUCAAUCCCGGGGUUUUAUUUUUUAAUUUUUUUUUUGAAAUAAUUUAAACAUUAAAUCUA